AUGUCCUUCUAUUCUGUCGAGAAGUUUCGCAUUUUCUCGGACAUCGACACAACUAUCAAGCGAUCGGUGAAAUUGUUUUACGUGUUUAACGCCGGAAAGAAUGCACUGUUUGUGACAAACGAUGACUUAGUGUACGGUUUGGGGGACAACACCGGAGGGUGUCUCGGGUUGGGUCACCGCGACCCCAGCCCUACUCCGACCCGUAUCUUAAAUUUGUGUCACAAACGGGUUAAUCAGUUCACGAGUUUCUCGGGUUUUACGCAUAUUAUUGUGUUUGCUAUCACUGCCGACAGCCAUGUGUACAGUUGGGGAACUGUGCAUCCUGAUAACUGCAUAUCUCUAGUACCACAAGAGAUAUCGAAUUUGAAUAACAAGAAUAUCACACAAAUAUGUUGCGGUAGUGAACGCAUACUGGCCCUCACCACCGAUGGACAGGUGUACGAGUUGACAGGUUAUAAGGAUGAUGAUCAUCGUGUAAGAUACCAAAUAGCUAAAGUGGGAUCCAAAAGUGUUAUAAAAUCGAUAUAUUGUGGCUCUAAAUGUUCGUGUGCCGUGACUACCGAGGGUCAAGUGUUGGGCCGGGAAUAUGCUAGUUUAGAGAAAAAUAAAUUAUUAAGAGAAGUGCAAACAUUACAAACAGCUGAAUCAGAAUAUGUGGUCAAGUAUUACAACUCAUGGGAUGAAGGCAAAUAUUUUUACAUUCAGAUGGAGUACAUUGAAUCGGAUAAUAUUGAAAAGUUUGUCGUGAACUGUAGCCAAACCAAAGUCACAUAA